AUAUAUAUACGUGUAUAUAUAUAGGUACCACAAGGGUAUAAUAUUAGCUUCAGACCCUAGAGCGAGAGAUAGAAUGGAAAGAUUUGUCGUGCUUCCGUUCUCAGUCGGGUGCAUUUCUGAUUCAAGUGUUGCCGUGGCUGCAAUUUGUGACUCUCAUAAGAGAUCCUCCAAGUUUCGUUCCAAUACUUCACCUAAAGAGAUUCGUGAAGAAAACGAGGAGGAAGAUAACAUGAAGAACCUGCAGUUCAAACCCGAAAUCUCCACGGGCAUUCAUCGUCUUUUCAAGAGCUUCAAGUCCAUCUCUCAGCUCUUUGCGUACAAGGAAGAGUUGGAGACAUGGGGGAUGGAGAUCGGCGUGCCUAUGGACGUGAAACACGUUACUCACAUCGGUUGGGAGAGCACUUUGAUCGUGGGUCGAGGAAGAGCCUGGGAAGAUCUCAUCCCUCCGGAGUUGCUCGCUAAUGCUACUUCACGAGAUGCUGAUGAUGCUCCUUUGCUCAAUCCAUCUACCUAAAUGUAUGCCUUCUCACCAUAUUCGGCACUUAUAUGUGAAUGUAUGGUGUCUUUUUUCUCAUGCCGGGUCCUUACAAGCUUUGAUCUAUGGACCUUUCAAAUCUUGAGCUCCU